CCGCAAUUGCUGGCGACAGCUCCGAGGCCGUCGCCGAAACCAAGCCCGGGCGUCGGACCGAUGGUGCGCGUGCUUCGGCCGCGAGCCCUCGAGAGGAAUUGCAGCUCGAGACGCUGCCGCGAGCUCCACCGCCUGUCAAAGAAACGCUGCCCUAUGACUUUCUCUACAAGAAGGACAAGUACAUCCCGCCCAUCAGUGGGCUGCCUGAUGACUCGGAGCUUGCCCUGGCCAAGGCCUUCCUCAAGACCAACUCGGAAAGGUCCGAGAUGAAUCUUUACGACCACCUGACGGUGUGUCUGAUGAGGGUUCUUGAAACACGGCCCAAAAACGCGGUUGAUAUCUUCGAGAGCCUCUCGAUAGAGUGUAAAAAGUCAGGGUUCCGUGCCGAAAAUGCAGACUCGCCCGGUGCGCUUCAGAAAGUGCCAGACACCUCGCUUGCUGCAGAGUUGGCAAAGAUCCAAAUCAAACUCUUCGAGAGGCCACUCCUCGAGGACGGCAGUGGGGAGCAUGCCCCAAUCGAACCGCCUUCGGGCGAGAUUCCCGAUAUCAUGGACAUUUCCCAUCUGUGGGAAUGGGGCGGCCUCACCCUUGGCAGCGAGGAAACCUUCUUGCUGUUCCUGUCCUUGAAACAGCUUGUCGAGGAAAAGUCCCUCAAGUCCGUGCGCCUCUGGGGCAAAAUUUUUGGACUCAAGAGCAACUAUAUCAUCAUCGAGGGAGAGCUCCGCGAGGGUACUAUUGAUGAAGAAGAUGCCGUCGUCAACGGAACCCUGGCAUCUGACGAGGCUCCUCAAGAAGAGGCCGAGCAAGCGGCCCCCAGCGAGAACGCAGCCGCCAAUCCCGAGGGCAGUACCAACCCCGAGGAUGAGGAAGGAGCGCCAAAGCCAAAGAACAAGGUGAUCCCUCCCUUGCCAAAGGAAAUGCGAACAGGCGUCAACAAGUACAUAUACUAUGUCACACCGUACCCGGGAGGACCUUGGACUCGCCUGCCUGACGUCAUUCCAGAGAAGAUGCAAAUCGCACGCAAGAUCCGCAAAUACUUCACCGGAGACCUUGCCCACAAGAUCAUCAGCUAUCCAGCGUUCGAUGCCACCGAGGCGCAGUACCUGCGCUGCCAGAUUGCUCGAAUCUCUGGCGCGACCGUGGUGAGCCCGGCCGGCUACUACAUCUUUGAUCCCGAAGAAGCUGACGGAGAAGAUCUAGAGCAUAACACAUCCAUCAUCAUCAAUCCCGAGUACGAGGGCCAGCCCAACGAGGCGCUUUUGAAUCCAGCCAACUGGGUGCACCACGUUCCGUAUAUCUUGCCCCAGGGACGAGUCACCUGGGAGAAUCCAUUGGCGUCGCUCAAGAAGGAGGGUAACGAGGGAGAGGAGGAUGAAGAAGACGGCGGCAGCGAUGCCGGGUCGCAGGAAGACAACGAAGAAGCUCCGCAGCCCGAAGCCGGCCCCCCAAUCCUGAGUCCCCUGAGUGGUGAUGAAGAUCACGGCGACAUCCCGGCCUGGACCAGCCGCAUCUGCAGCACUCUCAGUCCGCCAAAGUUUACUCCCGUCGUGAUGCGGUCGACACGAUGGCCCGGAGCUGCCGUGGUGGCCUUCAACGACAAGUUCACCAACAUCUACGUCGGAGAUGGGCUCAAAGAUCUCGGAAACCCCGUCCAGCACUUUAUCCCGCCCAAGCUGCCGGAGAUCCAGAGCGAGUACACCCCGCUCGGCGCCGAGAUCACAGAGCAGGUCGACCCGACGGUCGAGGAGGAGAAGGCCUACGAGGAGGCCCUCAAGGCCAAGCUCGAGGAGAAGGAGGAAGAGGAAGAGGCCGCCGAAGGCGAGGCCGAGGAGGGAGACGAUUAGCCAAACGGCCCGACGUGGUAUUGAGUAC